AUGUCGCCUUCUCCAUACUCUGCCUCCCUCUCCAAUGCCGAGCCCUAUCAUUGCAGUGAUCUAGGCUCUUUGCGUGCCAUCACGGCCGCUGAGCUGCCCCGCCUUCGCAAUCUGUCGGUAGAGAAGCUCGUUCUUGCCCCAGGUGCUAUUCGAGAGCCACACUGGCAUUCCAAUGCAAACCAGCUUUCCUACUGCCUUCAAGGUGACAUCCUUGUCUCCAUCCUGGACAACGACAAUGGGUUUUCGACUUUCACCUUAACAGCUGGUGAGAUGUUUUUUGUGGAAUCUGGGUCUCUCCACCACAUCGAAAAUAUCGGAGGCACAGACGCAGAACUUAUCAUGUGCUUCCGGCAUGAAAAUCCACAGAACUUUUCUCUUGCUGCAUCGAUGGGUGCUAUGACCGAUGCUGUCCUCGGCAACACCUACGAUGUUGAUAUGUCGGCAUGGGCGGACAUUUCUCGUACCACUCAAUCCAAGCCUAUCGUCCGUCGUCAAGGUCUGCCGAACAUCCCCCAUUCGGCUAAGCUUCCCAACAGCCACAAAUUUUUAGUUGAGGCCAUGAAGGCUCCCGUGCUCAAUGAACACGGCUCUGCCAAACAAGCCCGUAGCCAAUUCUGGCCUAUCCUGCACGACAUGUCCAUGUAUUCCCUCCGCGUUGAGGAAGAUGGCAUGCGUGAGCCACAUUGGCACCCUUCCACCGUGGAAAUGGGAUAUGUGCAUCGGGGCUAUGCGCGCAUGUCUAUCAUGGAUCUUAAGGGUGUAGUGGAAACCUACACACUUCAGCCGGGCGAUGUGUAUUUUGUCCCGGCGGCGUAUCCACAUCAAAUUGAGGUUCUAGGAGACCAGGACAUUCAUUUUUUGAUUUUCUUUGAUCAGCCUAUGCCGAAGGAUGUCGGGUAUCGGAAUUCCGGAACUGCAAUGUCGAGGAAGGUGUUGGCUGCUGCUUUUGGAGUGGAGGAAUCGCGGCUGCCAGCGUUACCUUUCACGCCUAAGGAUCCUUUGAUCGUAGGUAAGAAAAACCCAGAAGAUCCAGUCAAGGCAAAGCUUUAG